GGCAUUACCCUACCCAGUUUUUUCAACCUGUCACCUCCAUGUUUCUGUGCUGCUGCACAGAAGCAGGCAAUGAACACCACCAGGCGUUGUUCAACGAUCCGCAGUUUCCGUACCAAGACGUGGUCAGCGCACGAAGAGAGCUUGUCAGGAAUAUUGAGGUAAAGGUGAAAUAUGAAAAGGGAAGCUCAGGAAAACUUGGCGUUGACUUGGAUGCCAUAGACAUCCACAGGGGCCUAGUAGUGAAAGGUGUGUUGCCUGACGGUCUAAUAGCUGAGUGGAAUCGUGCCAACCCGGAGAAUGCCAUAAAGCCAAGUGACAAGAUUUUUGCUGUCAACAACCAGGUUGGUACAGUUCAAGACUUGGAGACACACAUCGUGUCUUCAGGCCCUGACCUUCAACUCAGCGUCCGACGUCCGCAACGGAUCGAGGUGACGCUGCAAAGACCGGGCAGUUUGGGCCUGAGGCUACACUUCAAGAAAUCCUCAAAAGGCGUUUUGGUCAGUGAGGUGUUGGCAGACGGGCUGGCAACAGACUGGAAUGCCAAAAACCCCACAAGACGCAUCACUGCUGGUGACCGGAUACUGGAAGUGAACGGAGAAGCGCUUCCACCUGAGGACUUGAUUGCAAAGCUUGCAAAAGAGGAUGUGAUGGUCAUCCACAUGUUGCACUACGACCAGGACGUUCCAAAGCCAGUCUGAGGCCAUCCAGUUUCACUGAUGAAGCUGUACAGUACAGCAGAUAUCCACAAAGGAUAGGAUAGAACUUUGCAUUGAGAUCUUGCUAGUGCUUGCCGUGGAAGCUUUGAAGCGUCAAAGCGUCUCUCUUCAAGUCAAAACUGACCAGAAGUAGAGAACGGCCCUGUCAAUAGGUGUUUUAAGUGAGGCAACAGGCUGGUGGCUUCGUUCCGCCAUGGUUUGCUUGAAGUCUUUGCGAGUGAAGCUCUGCGCCACAUAAAGUGCCAAUUGAAGUCUUAAGACAUCACGUGGCAGCUUGCAGACCCUGAUUUGAGUGGCCGAAGUGCCACUUGGACACGAAGACCGCGUCGGGGUUGCUGGCGAAGAUCCCACACAAGUCGUGAGUUGAUUGAAGUCAUUUAUGUCUAUAUCAGUUGAGAUUGAUGCAAGAUUUAUGAAGUGUGUAUCAAAACUGUCUCAAGCAAGGAAGAGACGAGAUCAGCAUGUGGAUGGAUACCAAGCAGAGUCGACAAGAAUGAU